AUGGACAGAAUACAGACAACAAAAAGACUAUAUGACAAGGGCAUUGCAACAACAGAUCAGUGUCUGAUUUGUGGUCUACAGGAGGAAAAUCAAGAACACUUGUUUUUUGAAUGCAGAUACAGCAAGGCUGUUCUCAGGAGGAUUAUCACAUGGAUGGGAAUUCAGAAGAAUAAUCUAAAUGCACACUCGUUUAUGCAAUGGAUAAGUAGAUGCAAGGAAGCCAAGUUUAAGAAGCAGAUUUAUGCUGCUGUCCUGGGAGCACUGGUAUAUAACAUAUGGAGAGUUAGAAAUGAAGUGUAUUGGACUCAAAAGGUGUCUUCUGUGAAUAAUACAGUAAAUAGAGUACAAAGAGAUGUUAUAGAAAGAUGUUAUAGUGUUCUCCCUAAAAAAGUCUCUCAAGUUAAUAGAACUUGGCUUAGAGAUCUUACUAGCAAUGUAUGUGUGUACUGA